GAAGAAGAAGACCUGUCGUGUGAGAUAUUUACUUGGUUCACUACAGUCAAGAUGAGUACGUUUAACAGCCUUUUGCUGAAUAUUUCAGGUGAACUUGUUGGUGAUCAAUUGGAGAAAAUGAAGUUCCUGUGUAUUAAAGAAAUAGGAAAAAAUCGUCUCGAGAAGAUGACCAGUGGCUUACAACUUUUCAUGGUCCUAAUGGAAAGAAAUAAACUUGGACCUGACAACACAGUAUUUCUAGUUUCGCUUUUGACAGACAUUGGGCGCCUAGAUCUUGCGGACAAACUUACCAACUGUGAAAGUCAAUAUGCUGGAUCACCGAAUUCUCUUCCUAACGAUGAGGAGCAAGCAAAACUUGACAUUGCAACAGAAGUGAUCACUAACAAAAUUGGAAGGAAGUGGCGAACAUAUGGUCGUAAACUUGGUCUGCCAGAGGCCAAACUGGACCAUAUCGCGCAGAAGCACCCGAAUAACCUGGAAGAGCAAGUGGUGGAGCUUUUGAAGGAAUGGCGGAAAAUGCAGAAAGCUGAGGCCAAAACAGACACUUUGAUAAAGGCCCUUCGCUCCUGUGAUCAGAACUACACUGCUGAUCUGAUACAGACAGAACUUGAAAAACUUAAUGCCAAUGGUGGACAGUGAAAGUGUGGCAAACAAUCUUCAUCUUUUCUUAGGCCUCUUAUGUUGUUUACUCAAUGGAUUAUUUAUUCAUUGCUUUCACAAUGAGUUUGGUGCUUUUAUAAGAUUCAGUAAAUCACCACAAUUUGUUGGCAAUAUUGGUAUACCAGUAUAUUCAUGGGCCAGUAUAAUUUUAUGGAGAGUAGCCCAGUGCACUCUGGGUACAUACAUUCCUACUACAUAUUGUAAGGGAAUUUGGGAGAAACUUGAUUAAACUAUGGAUAUUAUAAAAUUGUAUAGAUAAUGUGCAUUUAAAUGUGAUAUUGAUGUAUCCACUGUUGAGAUUAGUAUAAAAAAAAUCUGAAGAAGUCUGUUUCCCUCAAGCUGGUGAAAAUACUUUUCUAAUUAUUUAAUGUUGAAGUAAACUCAAAAAUUGAUUUGUU